CAUGGAGCGCGUGAUACAGGCGCAUAUAUGCCGAUGCCACCGCUCCAUCCAAAUCCUAACGUUUGAAAAAAUGAAAACGGAAACCCUAACUAUGACUCUGCAAAAAGCAGGUAGGGGUGGGUGAUCCCUCGAGAUUGAUCAGGCUUCCCGAACCGGCUAGUGGUUCGAUGGGCGGGCCGGAGAUAUUCGGAGGUGGAUUCUACGGUGUAAUCAGACGAGCAAUUGUAAUCGGAAACGGCUUCGCAGGCUCAGAGAAUCAGAGCAUUGGCUUGGUUCGUGCUUUGGGGCUCUCCAAUCACCAAUCCUUAUUUCGUGUUACUAGACCAAGAGGAGGAAUACAUGAGCGGCUUCAUUGGCUUCCAGUUUCUCUCCACAAAAAAUUAGACUAUGUCAUGAAGCAAUUCCAAACAGUCAGGGGGAAAAAAUUGAUCCCUCUUUCAGCUGAAAAAUGCUUGUCGGAUAUCCUAGAAGCUGAUGCAAAGCAUAUUUCAAAAAUGGCUCGUGAAACUUUUGAGAUGGAUGGCCCAUUAUUGGUGGUUGCAUCUGGUAGGGAUACCAUUUCUGUUGCAAGCUACAUAAAACAGUUAGCUCCAGAAAAUGUUUUUGUUGUUCAGAUACAACACCCGAGGUCAGGUCUGAAUAGGUUUGAUCUGGUGAUUACCCCUCGUCAUGAUUAUUAUCCAUUGACCCCUCAUGCACAGAAACAAAUCCCUUGGUUUCUCCGGAGGUGGAUAACUCCUCGUGAACCUCCUGACAGACAUGUGGUUCUGACUGUUGGAGCUCUUCAUCAAGCUGAUUCUGCUGCGCUUAGGAGUGCUGCUUCUGCCUGGCAUGACAAAUUGGCAUCUCUGCCCAGGCCCUUGUUGGUGGUUAACAUUGGAGGACCUGCAAGCAGUUGUCGAUAUGGUGCUGACCUAGCAAAGCAGUUAACGGUUUUACUACAAAAUGUUCUAUGGAGCUGUGGGAGCCUCAGGAUAUCCUUCUCAAGAAGAACUCCUGAGAAGGUAUCCAAAAUAUUAGUAAGAGAACUUGGUAAUCAUCCCAAGGUUUACAUUUGGAAUGGUGAAGAACCGAAUCCACAUAUGGGGCAUUUGUCUUGGGCUGAUGCCUUUGUCAUCACAGCUGAUUCAGUGAGUAUGUUGAGUGAGGCUUGUAGUACUGGGAAGCCGGUAUAUGUAAUUGGAGCUGAGCAUUGUAAAUGGAAGUUUGCGGACUUCCACAAAUCUCUGCUGGAACGAGGAGUGGUUCGGCCAUUCACUGGUAAAGAGAAUAUAUCUGAGAGCUGGAGCUACUCUCCAUUGAAUGGCACUGCUGAGGCAGCUAGUCGAGUGCAUGUCGCGCUUGCAGAGCGUGGAUGGAAAGUGCAAUCAUAAUGGACAUUUUUUUUUUUAUAGGAAAAUCAUGCUUUCAUCGAUAAAAAAAUAAAAAUAAAUAAAUAAAUAAAUAAAGCUUUUAAGGACUCCAA